GUCUUGUCUACGCAUUGAUCAGUUUUUGCUUGCCUUCCCGCAAGCGCACACACGUAAGGCUACUAGCAUACUAUUUUUGAGUUUUUGAGUUUUCCUGCCUGCUCUGUUUGGCUGUGCGUGUUUUCUCCUCUCCUUCCUUCACUCCACAGCGGCCCCAGCAUUGCCCGAUUACUUCAACUCGCUGAACGAGUGUCGCCCUUCUCUUUCGUCGCCGUCGGUGCUGUUGUUUUGUAGCGGGAGAGCCUGAAUCAUCCGCCCCCCCCCCCCUCCACGCUUGUGCGCAUGUCAAACAUCAAGAAGGUGCAAACAGAGGCAGACCGCCUUUUCAAGAAGGUGAACGAGGGGCUCGAGGCCUACGAUGAACUCCACGAGAAGCUCGGCAACGCCCCCAAUGCAAGCGCCAAGGAGCGCCUGGAGGGCGAUCUCAAGCGGGAGCUCAAGAAGCUGCAGCGCCACCGCGAGGCCAUGAAGGCCUUUAUGCAGAACGACGACUACAAGGAGAAGACAAAGAUGCAGCAGUCCCGCAAGCGGAUUGAGGAGCGCAUGGAGUCCUUCCGCGCCAUCGAGCGCGAGAUGAAGACGAAGGCCUUCAGCAACGAAGGUUUAGCCUCCGCCGCGCUGGAGAAGGCGGAGUCGUCGACGGAGCAGUGGCUGAAGGAGGCGAUCGAGGACGGACGAAAGAAGAUCGAGCUGCUUGAGUACGAGGCGCAGAAGGCGAACAACGGCCGCGUGCGCCGCGGCAAGGCGCAGCAGAAGUCGGACUACCAGCUGCGGCUGGAGAAGCUGCAGGUGCACUUCUACAAAUGGGAGGCGCUGUUGCGCAUGGUGAUCAACGAGGAGGUGGACAUGGAUGAGGUGGAUGAGCUGCAGGAACCGAUUCAGCGGGUGCUGGAGGAUGAGGCCGACAUGGACGUUAUUGAGAACAUGUCCAUGUACGAAACCUUCGACAUCGCCGAGCCGAAGGUGAAGCCUGUCGUGCCCUUCGACCUGAGCGACACCGACAAGGCGAACUCUUCGAAACCGACGACCAAGGCGAAGACGCCGAUAUCGACCGUGCAGACGAAGGCGAGCCCGUCGGUCACGUCGCCGAAGGACGCCGUCACGGCGUCGGCGAAGUCGGCUCCCACGGCCGCCCCCGCACCGCCAGCAUCCGCAACAGCGACAACGGCUGCUUCUGCCGCUGCUAUCACAGCCUCUUCUACUACUUCCGCUCAUCCCACGACGCCGGCCUCUGCCGCUGCUGCGGUGGCGGUCACGCCUCUCGCACCACCGCCGACCAGCAGCAGCGGCCUGCAAGAGCGCGACUCCCCCGCCGGCGUCACGGGGGGAGAGGAAGAGGAAGAAACGGUGCCGGAGUGGAUGGAUGAGGACCUCGACGCGGCCAACGACGACACCUUCGGCGACGACGCGAUGGCCGAUGGCAGCAGCGGUGGCGGCGGCAUGACGGUCGGCUCCCUCGCUGAGAUGGCAAGCGCCACGAGCAAGGUGCUGAAGGACCUCGAGAAGCAGAAGGCCGCCUCGCCGACGGAGCAGAAAUCUGUAAAGCUCAGCGACGUCGGCCUCAUCUCGGAGGACAAGCCAAAAAUGCAGGCGCCAACGCCGAAUGCGUGGGAGAAGCGCGCGGCGGAGCAGCGGGCGGCCGAACUGCAGAACCGGCUGAAGGCUCAGCAACAGCAGCCGCCUUCACAGGUCUUUGAGGUGGCCUCCCCCGCUUCCCCCAUCUCCCCGGGUGCGGCGGCGACGGCCCUCACGCCUUCCUCCGGUUCGCCGGUGGUGUUCACCGCGCUUCCGUCGGCGCCCGCGGCGGCGGCGGCCACCACCGGCGGCGCCUCCCCGGCCAACCCCUCCACCAUAGCCGCCAGGAUCUUUCCCCCUGGCCAGUCCCAGUCCUCCUCGCCCCUGCCGCCUCCGCCGUCUGGCGCACCAGGCAGCCUGCAGUUCCGCUACACCACCAAGAGCAUCAACGAGCUGCUGGACAUGUCUCUCGGUAACCUGCCGCACACGCUGGAUGUGCAGCGGCAGCGCACCUACGAGCCGCCGAAUGCGAUUGACCCGAUCCCGUACUUUCCACAGGAAGUGCUGCCGGUGCUGUCUAACAAGAACGUGUAUCACCAAAUGGACCUCGACACCCUCUUCUUUAUCUUUUACUAUCACCAGAAGUCGUACCAGCAGUACUUCGCGGCCAAGGAGCUGAAGGCGCGUUCCUACCGCUACCACACGAAGCAGCAGCGAUGGUAUCAGCGACUGGAGCGUCCGCAGAGUACGACGGAGACGGAGGAGCGCGGCGCCUACACCUUCUUUGACUUUGAGGAGAAGUGGGAUCACGAUCGCACGGAUGACUUCCUUUUUGAGUAUAAGUACCUUGAGAAUGAGCUGAACUGA